CCAGGUAUAACAUGACAGAGCAGAAAGUGAUCCUAGUUACUGGUGGAACGGGUCUAGUUGGCAGGGCGAUAGAACGUGUUGCGUUGGAGGAGGAACGAGCAGAUGAAAAAUGGAUAUUUUUGUCAUCAAAAGAUGCUGAUCUAAGUGAUCUUGCAAGUACCAAAGCAUUAUUUGCUAAAUACAAACCCACCCAUGUGAUACAUCUGGCUGCAAUGGUUGGUGGCCUGUUCAGAAAUCUGAAAUACAACCUUGAUUUCUUUAGAAAGAACAUGGCAAUAAACGACAAUAUUCUUAGCUGUAGUCACACGAUAGGUGUCAAGAAAGUAGUCUCCUGUCUGUCAACAUGCAUAUUCCCAGAUAAGACAACAUAUCCGAUCGAUGAGACAAUGAUCCACAAUGGCGCGCCGCAUGACUCGAACUUUGGCUACUCGUACGCUAAGCGGAUGAUCGAUGUGAUGAAUAAGGGCUACAACACGCAGCACGGCUGCAACUUCACGGCAGUGAUUCCCACCAAUGUGUUUGGACCCUACGACAACUACAACCUUGAGGAUGGACAUGUGUUGCCAGGGCUCAUCCACAAAGUCUACAAUGCAAAACGAGAUGGGUCACCGCUAGUGAUAUGGGGAACAGGAAAACCACUGCGUCAGUUCAUCUAUUCCUACGACCUCGCUAGGUUAAUGGUGUGGGUGCUCAGGGAAUACAAAGAAACUGAACCUAUAAUUCUAUCAGUUAAUGAAGAGGCUGAGUUGUCUAUAAAAGAUGCAGCAAUGACUGUUGUUGAAGCAAUGGACUUCAAGGGACAAGUGGUUUUUGACACGGAAAGAGCUGACGGGCAAUACAAGAAAACUGCCGGCAAUGCCAAACUCAGACGAUACUUGCCAGACUUCAAAUUCACACCAAUGAAACAAGCAAUGAAGGAGUCAUGUGAUUGGUUUGUGAAGAACUAUGAAACGGCACGCAAGUGAUUGAACAUUCUGGAGUGCUCUUCAGCCGACAAACAUUUAUUACCGAGUAUAAAUGGAUAAUGGAGCACCAUGAUAACUUGUAAUUGGUAAAUAAUUAUCAUGUGCUUUUUGGCAGUUGCCUACGAGCUAAGGUUUGAGGUUGAUCCAAUUUGAAGCUUGCACAUAUGCUGCUUCACUAGGUGGGAUGAGUUUGAUAAAUGGAGUAAUUAAUAUGUCAUCAACUGCAGUGAAUCUCAAUGCCAAAUACUAUUUUAAUCCACCAGCGAGUCACUAUGAUAGCACUCCCAUAUCCAAAAAUGCACUCGACAGUUGGAUGUGCUUUGUAGCUUUUAUUCAAAAAUCGGCUAAUGGCACUACCAGUUUUAUUUCUAACAUUUGUGAAAUUAAUGCAAUGAAGUAUUGAUCGUUAACACGUGUAGGGAUCUCGUAUAAUCUUGGUGAUUGGUUACACCAAAACCAUUUGUAAUGCAAAAUUAUCGCCAAGUGAAUAUAGGAAUUAUAUUGUUUUAGGUUGUUCUGAAAUCAUGGAAAGUGCAGACUUGAAAAUCUUUUGUUAAUAAAUGUCCAUGUAAAGAACA